CAGUGUCAGGGAGGGUGGAAAAAGCUCUCUCCUGCUCCUUUGCAAAGAGGGGACCGGGCUCUGCCAGCAGCCCCUGCCCACCCCCGGGCUGCGGGGAAGGGCGAAGAAGGAGCGAACCCGGCGAGUCGGGCAGCGGGUGGGGGCGUUUCUCGGGAGAGCCCCCGAGCUGCUGGCCCUCCCGGGGGGCUCCGCCCAGGACCCCAGCGCGGCUCCCCAGCCAGCCGCCCCCCGCCCCCGGCCAGGAGCCAUGCAGCUGCCGUGCCGGAGCUGGGCGCUGGCGCUGCUCACCCUGCUCGUGGGCUUCCUCAUCUUCGUGGACAUCUCGGAGCUCGAGGAGGAGGAGACCGGGAAUUCUGGAGGCAGAGGUACAAUCAGAUCAGCUGUGAACAGCUUACAUAGCAAAUCUAAUAGAGCUGAAGUAGUAAUAAAUGGCUCUUCAUCUCCAGCUGUUGUUGACAGAAGUAAUGAAAGCAUUAAGCACAUUAAACCAGCUUCAUUCCGAUGGAGACACAACCAGACACUCUCUUUGAAGAUCAGGAAACAGAUCUUGAAGUUCCUGGAUGCGGAGAAAGACAUCUCGGUGCUGAAGGGGACCCUGAAGCCCGGGGACGUCAUCCACUACGUCUUUGACCGGGACAGCACCAUGAAUGUCUCACAGAACCUCUAUGAGCUGCUGCCAAGGACCUCGCCCCUGAAGGGCAAGCACUUCCGGACCUGCGCCAUCGUGGGCAACUCAGGGAUCCUGCUGAACAGUGGCUGCGGGAGAGAAAUCGAUGCUCACAGCUUCGUAAUCAGGUGUAAUCUGGCCCCAGUCCAGGACUAUGCCUGGGACGUGGGGAUGAAGACGGACCUUGUGACUAUGAAUCCGUCUGUCAUCCAGCGGGCCUUCGAGGACCUGGUGAACGAGACCUGGCGGGAGAAGCUGCUACAGCGCCUUCACAGCCUGAAUGGCAGCAUCCUCUGGAUCCCGGCAUUCAUGGCCAAAGGGGGCAAGGAGCGCGUGGAGUGGGUCAACGAGCUCAUCCUCAAGCACCGCGUCAACGUUCGCACCGCCUACCCCUCACUGCGCCUGCUGCACGCCGUCCGAGGGUACUGGCUAACAAACAAAGUGCACAUAAAACGACCAACCACCGGCCUGCUCAUGUACACCCUGGCCACCCGCUUCUGCAACAGGAUCUAUCUCUAUGGCUUCUGGCCUUUUCCCCGGGAUCAGAACCAGAACCCCGUCAAAUACCACUACUAUGACAGCCUGAAGUACGGCUACACCUCCCAGGCCAGCCCCCACACCAUGCCAUUGGAGUUCAAAGCCCUAAAGACGCUGCACCAGGAAGGAGCCUUGAAACUGACUGUCGGAGAGUGCGAUGGGGCCACGUAAGACAGGCUUCUGUGGCUCAUGUUCCUGCAGGCUACACGCCAUGGGAGGAUGGGGGAGCGGGGGAAAAGGCUGAGCAGUGGCUAGUGGGGUUGGUUUUCUUUGUUAACGUGCAGAACAGUGACAAAAACAUAUAUAUACAUGGUGCCUAUAUAUAUUGGCCUGAGUAGUAUAACUGUUUGGUGUUCCCCAAGGGAAGGACAGACGAGUUGCAGAAGAGUCUGAAGCUGCUGCCCGGGCUCGAGGCUUUGCCUUGGGCUGGUUAGGCUCAGAAAGAAGUUAGUUCUACAACGUCAAAAAUGCUUGAAGGUCACCUUGGUUUUUCAGAGUACUUUAGGGUGACAGGUAAAUGUUAGGCCAUGUGUGUGACUGGUCCAAGGUGGGUAGUUAGGGUCUGUUUGGCCAAGAACCCACGUGCUGGCACUUCCCAGUAUAUAGCGUUCUUGGCUUAGUGCUAAUAAUAGGGUUGUGGGGGGAGCGGAGAGGGAGCCUUUGUUUGUGGCUAAAGAGCUGAGAGGUUGCCUGAAUGACUGGACAGGAACUGAGAAACGCAGCAGGACCUAGCUGAGCACCGUGGUCCCUUCUCCGCAGCAGGACAACCAUACUCUCUCCCGGUGAAUGGCACGCAACAUCGUCCAGAUGGUUACCAGUUCAGAGAUAUCCCACGUGGUUUGGUGAGAAGGGUGCCACCGUCAGAGCAGCCUGUUUGGAAAGGCCGCCGGACUCUGGACAGAGCCCUUGAGAUGCAGCGUGAGACUCACCCUAGUGACUGUGACUCCAGGAGACACCGGACAGGGCCCUCAAAAGCAGGCUGAUUUGAAUGAAGUUUGCUGUCAAAGGAGACACAGGACCUUCCGGGAGCGGGAGACAACACAGGGGCUAGUGAAGAUCAGACUGGGCUGACGGUCUCAGAAGGACACUGUGUUUAUGUUUUUUUAUUCCUCUCCUAAAGAACUAACAGAAAAAGCAAAAACACUGGAACGUAGCAGGUGGGCUGCUGAAACCAGUGCAGUCAGUGCUAAGUCUUACACUGUCAAAGGCACUCAGCAUCUGCCAGAGCUUAUGAAAACCAUAAGCACAUUGUAACUCCUGCUUCCCGAUCACUGCCUGCUAAACAGCCCUUUCUUCUCCCUACUCCAAAAUUAGUAACGGGCCUAAGUCUCAGCUAAGCAGAAAUCUCAAAAGUGAGGGUGUAACAGGACCCUGUCAAAAUUAAAUCAUACAGGUGACAUUCACGUCUGAGCAGAGAACCACCAUGAGGCCUGUGCACUACUUAAGACCUAGCUAAUCUUUAUGUUGAAGACUUAGGUAGGACUUAAGUGGUACUGUAUAUAGAUAUCAAGCUGGCCCUCCACACACGGGUGAAUUUCACUCAGAGUUUAAAUAAAUCAGUCCCUUCCCUGCAUUACUAUUACUACUUACAGUAAAAAGAGUGAAGUCGUUCUUAAAAAAACAAAUUUGCUUUCCACUUUUCUUGUUUGUUUGUUUGUCAGUGAGACUAGAUUGAUCUGGUUAGUCAAUUUCACUUCCUGUUUCUAUUCCAGUUUCCUUUCCUAACUCUCAUUUGUCAGCAGAACGCAGUUGGGUUUGGGUUACAAAGAGUGCAGAAAGUUUAAUUUAAACUACAACCGCAACAAAUGGCAUUACAGAAUUUUGUCUUUAAUUGUGAAAGAGGUCCUGUUAGUAUUAGUUUUUUGUUAUCUACAUGCCUACAUUGUGGGGUCAUUGAGACUGAUCCUUUGAAAUCUGAGUGCCGGCCUCCAUAACUUUUAAAAGGUAAAACUGUAUGUCAUGUUUAUGAACAAAAAAUUGCCAUGCCUGUAAGACCGUCUAAUCUAAUAAUUAGCGUUCAACCUGAUUCACAUUAAGGAGCAGGUAACCAUUAUGGAUUAACCUGCCUGUAGGAGAAGUUUCUUCCUAACCCAAGGAAAUUAUAUCCCUUAUUUUAUUUUUUAGCCCAAGUUUUUAAAUUCAUCUUGAUUUUCUGAGUAUACAUCCUACCUUGGACCUUGAUAUAAUUACUUGUAAUUUUUGAGAGAUGGGAAGAGAUUAAAAAGAAAGAAGCAUCAAAAACCAAUCUGUUUUAUGAUCAUGAGAGGCUUUACUCAAUUGAGUAAUGAAUGGUCAUUCAAGACAGACCAUCUUCUCCGCCAUUCAUGCCCAGCUAGGAGGAGGUGGUGGCUAAAGGUGAAGCCACUGGAUUCUUGACCUCAACUCCUUACCUUUAGCGAGUGGCCCUAGGCCAGGGAGCGAUUUCUAUGACCAUAACUUUUUUCAGAAAUAAAAUAAAUGGUGUGACUUUUA